AUGAACUGGAGGUUUAUUGAGGUCAUCUGCUUCCUGUUUAUAUGGGACCAUAUAACAGUUCAGUCUUCCCGCCAGGACCCGUUGGCAACUGAGCAACAUGUCACCAAGCAAUAUGACUGGCUCAUCUCUGACCGUGGACCUUUCCACCACUCUCGUAGUUAUCUGUCCUUUGUGGAAAGAUUCCGCCAAGGAUUUACGACCAGAUAUAAAAUUUAUAGGGAAUUUGCACGUUGGAAGGUGAGGAACACAGCCAUUGAGAGACGGGACCUGAUCCGGAACCCCGUGCCACUCAUGCCUGAGUUCCAGCGCAGCGUACGCUUGCUGGGCCGCAGACCCACCACUCAGCAGUUCAUCGACACUAUCAUUAAGAAAUAUGGAACCCACAUUCUCAUCUCAGCCACCCUGGGAGGAGAGGAGGCACUGACUAUGUACCUGGCCAAAAACAAGCUGGACAGGAAGUUUGUCAACGCUACUCAAAACGUGGAAGCCCUCCAUCAGCUGGCCUCAUCCUACUUCAUUGACCGCGACGGAACAAUGAGGAAGUUGCACGAGAUCCAGAUCUCCACCAAUGCCAUCAAGGUGACAGAGACACGGACGGGGCCGCUGGGAUGCAGUAGCUAUGACAAUCUGGACUCAGUUAGUUCGAUCCUCCUGCAGAGCCCUGAGAGCAAGCUUCAUCUGCAAGGUCUUCAGGUCAUCUUCCCAGAAUACUUGCAGGAGAAGUUUGUCCAGUCAGCUCUGAGCUACAUUAUGUGCAAUGGAGAGGGGGAGUACCUGUGCCGUAACAACCAGUGCAUCUGUCAGUGUGCGGAGGAGUAUCCUCAAUGCAACUGUCCCAUCACCGACAUCCAGAUCAUGGAGAAUACUCUGUUGGGGAUGUCUGAGUCCUGGGCAGCCUCUUACAAAGACUUUGAGAGCUCUGAUGAGUUCAAGUCCUUCCUGAAGAGGCUGCCCUCCACUCACUUUCUGCCCAUCAGCAGUGUUCAUCUCCUUUGGGGCAGCGACUGGGACCUGCAGGCCCGCUACAGGCUCCUUCAGAGCUCCCUGGAGAUACAGCGGCUCAAGAUCCAGCGCACUGCCCGAAAGCUCUUUGGCCUCAGCAUCCGUUGUCACCACAAUCCCAACCACCAGAUGCCUAGGGAGAGGUCUGUGAUGCAGUGGCUCAACAGGGUUCAGUCCUUCCUCUACUGCAAUGAAAAUGGAUUCUGGGGGACUUUCCUGGAGAGUCAAAGGACAUGCGUGUGCCACACAGGUGUCACCCUGUGCCAGCGACCCAUCCCGUGUGUCAUAGGUGGCAACAACAGCUGUGCCAUGUGCAGCCUAGCUAACAUCUCACAAUGUGGCUCCUGCAACAAGGGCUACAAGUUGUACCGUGGUCGGUGUGAACCCCAGAAUGUGGACUCGGAACGUAGUGAGCAGUUCAUCAGCUUUGAAACUGAUCUGGACUUUCAAGAUUUGGAACUCAAAUACCUGUUGCAGAAAAUGGAUUCACGACUGUACAUUCACACUACUUUCAUUAGUAAUGAGAUCCGCCUAGAGACCUUCUUUGACCCACGAUGGCGUAAACGCAUGUCCCUGACUCUCAAAAGUAACAAAAACCGGAUGGACUACCUCCACAUGAUAAUCGGUCUAUCGAUGAAGAUUUGCCAGAUGCGAAAUAGCAGUAUUGACCCCAUGUUCUUUGUUUAUGUCAACCCAUUCAGUGGUAGCCACUCAGAAGGCUGGAGCAUGCCCUUUGGUGAACAUGGUUACCCACGCUGGGAAAAAGUACGACUGCAGAAUUCUCAGUGCUUCAACUGGACUCUCCUGUUGGGCAACCGGUGGAAGACCUUCUUUGAGACAGUGCACAUCUACCUGCGAAGCCGCGCCAAGAUCCCAACUGGUCUGCGCAAUGACACUGGACAGGGCCCAGUGGAUCUUGCAGACCCUAACAAGCGCCAGAUCUACAUAAAAAUAUCUGAUAUCCAAGUGUUCGGCUACAGCCUGCGCUUUAAUGCCGACCUGCUUCGUAGUGCUGUGCAGCAGGUAAACCAGUCGUACACACAAGGAACUCAGUUCUACUCCUCCUCAUCUGUUAUGCUCUUGUUACUGGACAUUCGGGAUCGGAUUAACCGCCUAGCCCCUCCAUCUGCGCCUGGUAAACCCCAGCUGGACCUCUUCUCUUGUAUGUUAAAGCAUAGGCUCAAGCUCAACAACAGUGAGAUGAUUCGAGUGAAUCAUGCCUUGGACAUGUACAGCACAGAGAUACUAAAACAAUCAGAUCACCUGACUGCAAAACUCUGUUGAACAUUGUAACACUGACAUAAGAACAGCAAACCUAACAGAAAUACCCAACAGAUGAACUAUGAGGAGAUAUUAAUCUUAAUUUUGUUUUCUCUUUUUCA